AUGUCUACGGUCAAUAUGGUCAAAUAUUAUUUUUAUAAGGGCAUGAUCCCGAAAGACCGAGACCGACUGCGCCAGCUUGUGGCUUUGGCAUAUCAGACCGCAAGAGACAGAAAGCUCUACCCCAAGGCGGUUCUUAUUAGGUCCGAGGUCCAUGAUACAACCAGUAUCAAUGGCAUGCACCAGAAAGAUCCGCUGGGUCCACACGUGACACUUUGCUACAAAGACAAGAAUCAACUCCUGCAAGGGACUCACGUCGCCAGCCAUGGCUAUGUUCGUGGGAAAGACGACAUUGGGUUUGUGCGCGCAACACAUACUGGAGAGAAGUCGGACUCGGCCAGAAGGCAGCAAGGCAAAAAGACGGUAUGGCCAUCGGAAAAUGAGCUUGAGGCUGCACCAGAGAUCGGCUACAGCCAUCUUCCAAUCAACUAG